GGUGGAUGGCGUUUGCACAGAAGCAGGCGUUGCUCGGGCGCACCGCAAUUUGGGGCGCCGAUGAACGAAGAUCCACGGCACACCGGAAAUGGAGCCGGCCAGCGACACCGUCGUCAACCCCAAUAAACCCCGUUCAGGGCAACUUACAAGGCGAGCAAUUUUGCGCAAUACCAGGCCGCAGGCAUUGAAGACGGACGGAGAAGUCCAAGCUAUCGAAAACAACGGUCAGAUUCAUGCGGCGCCUCGAAGUCCUACGGGAUCCGAAUUUGGCCGGUGCGGGAGCAGCAAGGAACCUGUUUUUGCGCGGCCGGUGUCAGUGGAACGGAGCGCCAGAGGGUGCACACAAGGAACGCUAUCCUCGGCCGCACAGAAGGAAGGCUCUGCAGCUCUCAAGCUGUCGUUGAACGACAAUGAUGACGACGGUGAUGAACACGAUGAUAGUGACAAUUACGGUGGUGAUGUUGAUCUGGGCGACGAUGCCGCUGACGAUGAUGACGAUGUUGAUGACGAUGAUGAUGUCGAUGAUGAUGUUCGUGAUGAUGACGAUUGUAAUGACGACGAUGAUGAUAAUGACGAUGAUGACGACGAUGAUGACAAUGUUGAUGAUGGCGAUGACAACGAAGAGGACGAUGGUGGUGAUUUUGAUGACAGCGACGAUGUCGCUGAUGAUGAUGAUGUUGUUGAUGACGUUGAUGAUGUUGAUGAUGAUGUCGAUGAUGAUGAUGAUGUUGAUGACGUUGACGAGGCUGAUGAUGAUGUUGUUGAUGAUGAUGAUGAUGCUGAUGAAGAUGAUGAUGAUCACGAUGACAAUGAUGGUGAUGAUGAUGAUGAUGAUGAUGAUGAUGAUGAAGAUGAUGACGCUGAUGGUGGUGGCGACGAUGAUGGUGAUGAUGGGGGCGAUGAUGAUGAUGAUGAUGGCAAGCAAGAAUCACGGGGCCGCUCGCGACUUGAAACAGUUCUUCGAGGAGGUGCAGUUCUUCGACGACGGCGAAGCGCACACGAUGGCGCAACUGUUCGACAAGGGCUCAGCGCAAACGGCGUUGGCCACUUGCUGACGCAGGACGCAGAGACGAGAUGUCGAAGCGGAGACAACCGAACCACAGAUGACAGUUGUCGACGAGAGGAAGCCCCUGCGCCCACGCCCGUCGUCGCCUGGCACAACAGCGGAGCAGAAAAGGCGAUGGAGGAUGUCGCUGACGGGACGCCGAGCGCGAAUGCGCUCGUCAGACUCGAGAUGCGAAAGGGCUGCCCCAGACCCGAGGCAGCUGAGCGUCAAACUGUCGUCGCACCCCAUGGAAAGACCCGCCUGUACAAUAUGUCUUCGUCCAGGGGCGAAGGGGAGCCUGCAGCGACGUCCGGGAUGGGAUCUGGGAAAGAUUCUACAAAACGGUCGUCCACGACCUCGAGGACGUGGUCCGACCACGCUAGGUCGAAAUUUUUCGUCGACUGGUGUUGUGCUGAUGCUACGAACCUAGUCCAACAGCCGUGUGGUCCUGUGAUCUUCGUCGAAGCCAACAAGCGCCGCAGGGUUCUGGGGUCUGUCUUGCGGUGGGAGAAUGCGAAAGGCAGUCGUCGACGGUUUUACAUGAAACAUGUGUACGGUUCGAAGGGGAACGUCGUCGCCGGUGCCAAGGGGGCAGUUCUUGACAUGUGUCUGUUCGAGGGGUUCGGAGCGGGUGCUGCGAACACCCCGUUCUACAACGACCUCCGGCAGCAGGGAGGGUUUGUUUUGGGUCGAGAGUUCUUCGACCUGUUGGAGGACAAGGGCAUCGCCCUCGACGUCCCUUGCGAAGUCGGUCCCGACCAGGAACUGUCAAUGCCUUUGCAGCCGUGCGGCGGUUGUGAGUCGAGCGGGGCAUCGGGGGAGGGGGGUGAUCUGGGUUCCGGGGAGGCUACACAUGUGCAGCGGGAGGAUGCCAGAGGUCAGUUUGACGACAGCGAAGAUGAGGCGACACCGCGUCCGCUGUUUUCGCCGUCGAGGGAAAGAGACAGGUCCGUGCUGUCCAUACCUGGGGCCCGGCAACAGACCGCAGCGGAUCCCGGAGAAGAGGGAGUCCUGUGUGGGUCUGACUUGGAGCCCGUCGGGGGCAAUGGCGCGGAAGGCGAGGCCGUGGGCGGGGAGGGAGCGCAGGGCACUCCCCAAAAAAGGAGGGGAGAAUGUCAAGAAGAGUUGGUGGGCUCUUCGAAGAAACAGAAGACCAAGACCCCGAGGACUGCGGGAGAGAAACGGAAGGGGAGGGGGGUGGAAGAGGGCCACCCGGGUAGCAAACGUCCAGCUUCGAAACAUAAACAGCCUGAGUCGGGACCUUCUUCACAACGGCCUGCCAUCGACAUGGACGCCGGGUACUUCCUGGAGUACAAAGACGGUGUUAGGACAAGGCGGGAGUUUGAGAUCAGCCCGGCUCAGAUCGUUGACAUAAGGGAGUGGGAGGAUCUUUACAACCAGCGGUCGCUAGAUCCCGUCCUCGUGGAAACSAUAAGGGAAGCAAUGCDGUCUGCGUUCGAAAAUAAAGAAYAGACGUACGAGUUGCYGGUCUUCAAGCUCGMACCACUGGGDCUUCAAAAACCAACUCCUGGGACCAAGGCAYAACGUCUGAAGCCRGAGGAGUGGAAGGAUGAGCUGGCGGGAGAAUACUACUACUACGCGGUGUGCGGGCAGCACAACGCGGCUGCAGCCAGGUCGCUGCUCGGCAGCGAGGUGGCCAAGAAGUACAAUUUCGAGCGGUGGCCGGCACAGAUGGUGUACUUUUCCGACGAUGACUUCGAAGGGUAUUUUCUUGUUAGUUUACAGGACAACAAGAAGGACCUGAAGGCGCCUCCCAGACAGUUGAAACUUUCUAUGAAAGACAUUCGAUGGCAGUGGAAGCAUGACGGCUGCCCGAGAGCUGUGAUGGGGAACCCUAGGGGGAAACAAGAUCAGGUCCGGGCUUGGCCUAAGUUUUGUACAACGGCGCUCCAUAAGGCGCCUCAAUAUAGCUUGUGGCUUCUCGCGGAUCAAAAGGAAGAGGAGGCCAUUAAGAAGCAAAUUGCUGCCCUGCAUUCUUACUUACCUCUGGCCAUGGCUGGGGAAAAUGUCUGGAAACUGGCCGUGGAAUUUUUCGAAAAAUGGGAGACGGGCAGAUUGCUGAGCCACGAUGGGGCGAAGUGGACCGUCAAAAAGAAGAAGGUCAAAAACGUAAAGCCUGGGGUCGCCUACAUCCACAACGACAAAUUGGGCAGAACGGAGGUGGUGUACAACGUCUCCGUGAACCCGCCGAAUAAAAAGGGUAAAAAGGAGAAAGAGGAGGGCGAUUGGUUCGUGCAAGUGCCAGACCCGGACGCGCAUUGUUGGAAAGCAAUGGAAUCACUCACGGACAAUGAGAAGUGUCGCGUUCUGAAAAAGGUGCUUGCUUGCGAGGUCGUUUGGGUGCAGGCCGGCUCCCCGUCGUUGGCGAAGUUGGGAAAGCUCAGCGUGCAGGACAUGGUUCAGCUGGUGAAGUGCGAUCGCGUGCUGGUCCGGUUGUGGAAUUACUACCAAUUCAAACACGAGAAAAGGCCGGACGCGGACUGGAUCCUGAGGUACCCUUUCCUGAAGUCGAGGUCUGCCGUGUUCAAGAAGUUUGAAGGUCAGGGAUUGGAUGACGAGUUGUGGGAUAACAGCAGGAAACACGUUUCCGACUCGGUGCUGUUCAAGGACUGCCCGCCGUACAUGGGUUGCGACCAGGACAACUCGAUUGAGGUGACAGAGAAGUUGGCGGGCCACAAGAAAUUGUCCGUCGACUGGAGAAACAAGGUUCUCUCCGUGUUGAAUGGAAGCAGACUGAAGAGCCGGGAAGUCGCACUUGCCGAAGGCGUCGUUCACAUUAAAUGGAAAGACACGGGGACGUGACAUCCAUCGCGCCGUUCGCCAACGACCCUUUAGAGGCGGACAUCAGGGGCGCAGAGCUGAAGGAGGCAGUGGCUGCCACAAAGAGC